UUAUGUAAUUUGGUACAACAAUUUCCCAAGAUGCCCUGGGACGAGACUGCGUAGUCAUCUGAGAGAGGGUGCACUCUGCACGCUUCUAGCGGCCACUAGCAAAAUAAAAAUGGCUGCGUGUGCAAUACGACGCGGUUUACUUUCUACAGUUACUAAAUACAAUAGAAAGCACACACUUAGAAUACUGAAUGUUGAAUACAGCGGCAGACGUGAACUGAACAGGCUUCGUUUGCCCUGUUCUGCUUGCAACCUUUUCAACGUCCAGCAGGCCCGGUAUCUGUCGUCACGAAACAGACCUGAGAGUAAGGUGUUGGAGACGGUGGGAGUGUUUGAGGCACCUAAACAGCACGGGAAAUAUGAAACGGGGCAGCUCUUCCUGCACAGUGUGUUUGGCUACAGAGGGAUUGUGCUGUUCCCCUGGCACGCUCGACUGUACGACCGUGAUGUGACGCCCCCAUCGGGUGAAAGUAAGCCGGAGCCUCCUGGGACCCAUGGGUCAAAGGAGGUUAAGGGAAAAACGCACACAUACUACCAGGUCCUGAUCGACACGCGGGACUGUCCACACAUAUCUCAGAGGUCGCAGACUGAAGCGGUGACGUUCCUGGCCAAUCACGACGACAGCAGGGCCCUUUACGCUAUUCCAGGUUUGGACUACGUGAGUCAUGAGGACAUCUUGCCCUAUAACUCCACUGACCAGAUUCCUAUUCAGCAUGAGCUGUUUGAGCGAUUCCUCAUGUUCAACCCCUCUAAAGUUCCCCCCUUCAUCCCCCGGGACACGCUGCGGGCCUGGCAGGAGAAGAACCACCCCUGGCUGGAGCUGUCGGACGUGCACCGGGAGACCACGGAGAACAUCCGCGUCACCGUCAUCCCCUUCUACAUGGGCAUGAGGGAGGCUCAGAAUUCCCACGUCUACUGGUGGCGCUACUGUAUCCGGCUGGAGAACAUGGGCUCUGAGGUGGUGCAGCUGAGGGAGAGGCACUGGAGGAUCUUCAGCCUGUCGGGGACGCUGGAGACGGUCCGGGGUCGAGGGGUCGUGGGCCGGGAGCCAGUGUUGUCCAAAGAGCAGCCAGCAUUUCAGUACAGCAGCCACGUCUCCCUACAGGCGCCCAGCGGACACAUGUGGGGGACGUUUCGCAUCGAGAGGACCGACGGUUCCCAUUUUGACGUGCGCAUCCCGCCCUUCUCCCUGGAGAGCAACAAGGACGACAAGGCGCCCCCUGCUGGCUACAGCUGGUAGAGCAGUGCUGACCUCCGUCUCCACAGCGACCGGAGACCCCAUAUCUUGUUCAUGCCAAAUUUAUUUCCCUUAGCUCUUUUUUUUUUUUCAUCCCUGAGAUGUUCGCUCACUGUAUUUAUUUUUUCCUUGUUGCAUUUGUUCAUAUAAAACUAAAUAAUAAAAAUCAAUGAAGAGAUUUCAAAAGUGAAUUAAUAAGUGAGAUGGUUCCAGAAAACCAUAGCAAUAGUAAACCUGUGAGCUUCCGAAGUUGCAAUCAUGAAUUGGGGGAGGGGGGUUGUGGCACAAAUUCCCAGACUGUUCUAAGGGGUUGAAAUUGCUAUACUGGGACUUUGGAAUUCCAGUCCUUUUUUUCUACAUGCAGUGGAAUCCAAUUGUGAAACCUUUUCCUCCAUCAGACCUUGGACUCGUGUCAAUAGGUGGCAUCUUUGCGAAUGUCCACAGCUUCUCCUUUUCAGAUGAUGCACCCUAGUGCAUGCUGGACUGUUUUAACGUUAUAUUUUAUGUCAUUUAUCACAUGAAUUCUUUUGGAGACCACCAUCCAUUUUAGUUGACAUUCAUUGAACACCCAUAAUGACCUCUUGAAUUGACUAAGGCCUAAUUAUGUAUCAUGGUCAAAAGCCUCCUUUUUUUUGUAGUUCAGACAUUUGCACGUGUGUUGUACAGGAAAAAAAUGGUGGUACGUUUUUUAAGGGUUUGGUGGGUGGGGUGGGGACAAGGAGAAAAGGGUGCCCGGAAUGUAGCCCUCGUUCUGUGAAGUCUGUUAGCCUCUGGCAAUGUCUUUCAGACUAUGAAAACUGUAUCAAUCCUGCAAUCAGGGAUAAGAAAACUGUAAAUUCUCAGAAGGACACGGUAAUGUUUCUUGCAUACAGAUGUAAAACGCUGGCCCUGAUUAUAAAGGAAUGGGCGGUGGGUGUGCUCCAAGACAUUUUAUCACAGGAGAAGAAGGUGAUCAUCGUUUGACAUUUGCAAACAGGAAAUGUGAUUUCUGUCAGCGGCCUUUGUCCUUGCACUGAGAGGGAGGGAGAGAGGGAGGGAUCAGGAGGGUUGUUGACGUGCGGGUGAAGAUGCCACGGUCUCCAGCGAAGUGAAUGAAGAUGGUUUGUGGCGGUAAUGAAUACAGAUGUGAACAGGCUGACGGCACAGGGUAAAGUAUGGGUAAACUGGUGUCCAGGUUGGAACCAGUAGCUCCUGCUCCACAGACGUGUGCCUCCGGAAGGUUCCAGCAGCCUUUCCUGUCCCCGUUUCCCAUUUCUGCAAGAGUAGCCCAUCUCAUAUUCAUCUUGCUGUCGUUGGAAAGGGUUGUGUCCACUACCGAAGAGGAUAGAGAAUAAAGAACCUGAGGCUGUAGAUUCCUAGUGCGACUCGGACGGCUGUGGAACCGCAGCAUUACUGCGGUCCGUUAAAUGGGAUCCGGUAAUGGUCAGACCGGGGAAUGCUCUGGUCUGACUGAGGGCACUUGCCAAUUGUGGUUUGUUAGUGUUUUUUUUUAAGGGUGGUGGGUGUGGAUGUGUGUUGGGUUGCUGUUCAGCCUGAGCACCCACUCGUGCUCCCAUUUUUAUUGUAUGGUUCUCACAACUAAUGAGACUACUUUUGAUAAGAAACUGAAAUGUAAGAUUGUGUGAGACUGUUUUUUCCAUAGCAUAUGUUUCUGUAAAUAAGGUUCCUAAGGACAAAAAUAAACAUUUUGGGGGAAAAGCUAAAAACAUUUUUGUUCCUUUUAUGUGCAGUUCUCUGUGAAACUGUCAAAAAUAUUUUAUAAAAUAUUUUCUUUAUUUCUUUUCUUUCACCGAGCCAUAGUAAGCCACCCUUACUAUGUUCUCAGAAGGAAAUGGCCCUGAAAUGUAAUUUGAAUGAGAUCAAGGACCGGAAUUUAUAUUUACUUUAUAUUUCAUAUAGGAUCAGCACCCAGUCUUAUUCAUUAUAUUCAGUGGAGCGCAUUUCUUGUCAAAAUUUACUGAAGCAUCAUUUCCCAUUUGACGGUGACAGCGCCCAGAAUGUCCUUGUGUGACCCUGAGGGCAAAGAUCAGGGCAGCAUAGGGCGCUUAUCCCUCUUCUUAAAGUGGGGUUUCCCUGCUCUGCUCGGCUGAAUAGAGUUAGGUACUCCAAUUUAAACAGGAUUUCCCCAUUGUCGGCUAAGAAGGAGAAGUGUGAACUGCAUCUACAAAUACGCAUUUAGUAUUUUAAAAAGGGCUUUUGUAUCUCAAAUCCUGGUAUGGUGUAGUAAGUGAAUAAAAUGUUGGGAAUCCAUUUCCA